CGAGACUGUUAGUAACAUCGGGAUUUGAUGGAAAUGUCAUCAUCUGGGACACUAACAGGAGCCCUGUCCGUUGUUCUCCAGUUUGGUGAGUUGAAAAGAACAGAAAGGAAAGGAACGCGAAAGGCAAGGUGCACAGAAGACGGCUGUCCACAUAAGAAGUUUUUUCACACGCGUUUUCUCAUGCGAAUGCGGUUAACACCAGACUGUUCUAAAAUGCUGAUCUCAACAUCCUCUGGAUAUCUCUUGAUUCUGCAUGAUCUUGAUUUAACUAAGUCUUUAGAGGUUGGUAGCUAUCCCAUUUUGAGAGCAAGAAGAACUGCAUCAAGCUCAGAUAUGUCCUCUUCUCCAAGUUCAUCUGGUCCUAGAGCUUCUGGUUCCCCAUGCCACCAUAGCGAUUGCAGUCCGUUAUGCGAAAAACAUACGACACGAACCUCUCAACGAGAAGGUGCGUCUCCUCGAAACAGUCUGGAAGUGUUAACCCCAGAGGUUCCCGGAGAGCGAGACCGUGGUAACUGCAUUACAUCAUUACAACUCCACCCAAAAGGAUGGGCAACACUUCUUCGUUGCUCAAGUAAUACUGAUGAUCAGGAGUGGACCUGCGUCUAUGAAUUUCAAGAAGGAGGCCCAGUGCGACCUGUCUCGCCCCGUUGUUCUCUCCGGUUGACUCAUUAUAUCGAAGAAGCCAACGUAGGCCGAGGCUAUAUCAAAGAACUGUGUUUCAGCCCUGACGGCCGAAUGAUCUCAUCCCCACACGGCUACGGGAUCCGCUUGUUGGGAUUUGACACCCAGUGCAGUGAACUCGCCGACUGCUUGCCCAGAGAAGCUAGUCUCCUGCAAGAAAUUCAGUCCCUCUACUCUCACAACGAUGUAGUUCUAACAACCAAGUUUUCUCCAACACACUGUCAGAUUGCCUCAGGGUGCCUUAGUGGGCGUGUUUCUUUGUAUCAGCCAAAGUUUUAGGCACUCUGGAACUGAAGAAGGGAAAUGGAUCUUCAGUUCAGUUCUUUAGAAACUUAUUCAAGAUCUUAGCUACUUUGGGUCCAUGAACAGCGCAAUGCCAGAACUCAGACUAGAACCGUUAUGGGUUUUGACGCCGCAACUGCGAGUCAGAUUCUACGUGGUCCUUUUCAGCAUUCCUCUGCUCCUGCGCCAUUUAUGUCCAGUUCUUCUGGUUAUGUUGCAUGUAACAAUCGUCGGCUUUUUUUUCAGUGAGACUCUGUGGACUUUGAGCAGGAAGUUUUGUUGGUGGCAGAGGAGAAUGACAACACUAAUACUGAAUAAACCGCCCCUGCGCGCGCGCCCCCCCCCCCCCCCCCAAAUUUUAUGUUGGUAUAUUUUCUGUUACCAAAAACCUCCCCCUGCCAAGCCGGUCUAGUUAUUGGCCCAGGCUGUAAUCAUUUCCUCCAGUAUUGGGUGCUUGACUUCUUCUGAUUAGCAUAGAGGAUUUUGUUUUUUAGGGAAGAAUUAGAAAGAGAAGCAUUACUACUUUCCUUGGUGCGAAGGUGACCCAGUGAUUGGUGAGAAAUUUAACCAGCACUGGGCUGCCAGUGCUUCAAAAAUUGCCUGAAGGUCCCAGAGCACAUUGUAGACUAAGAAAAAAACCAGUGAGUAGAGAUGCUCUCUCUCUUCCCUUCUUUGUACUGACCGAGUUUGGUUCGGAAACCCCGAGUUCUGCUAAGGGGUGGCUGGAUCAGUGGUGGGAAUUUGGGAAUUUAGGAACUGAAGAACUACUGCUACCAGUUUUACUGCUAGCAUUAUGACUGAGUCUGAGGGCAUUCCCGACUUUAAGCAGUCAGUUCCUCCUCAACCCACCUAAGCGAUCAACGGCACUCGGGAAACGCGCUGAAAUCACCCUUCACAGCAAAUGGAAGUAGCGUCAAGAGCAACAUUGGGUCGGAUUGCUGUAUUCAAUUUUAAAUAGACCUUAUCGGAGCUUCUGAGCAGUUAGGGCACAGGUGCUGGCAUCGUGCCCUGGGAAUUUUAGCCAUCUGGAUCACAGAUCAUUUAGAAAAAUAGGUGGUUUUUUAAAUAAAAAGCCCUAGGUAUUUCAGUCUCUGGGUUAAUAGGAUUUGAUGCAGGCCUUCACUAGCUAUGAAGUACCUUAAGAAGGAAAAGGGGAUAGAUAGAUAUAUAUAUAC